UAAGUCGAAAAAGGAGCAAAUUUGUCUCAUUCGUCCUUCCCUCGAGUUAUUGAUAACUUGUAAUUAUGAAGAUUCUGCUAAUUUUUGGGGUCGUCUGCUCGGCCGGGUUUUUUUACGUGGAGGGACAUGGCACCUUAAGGGAACCUCCGCAAAGGUCGUCGGUCUGGCGGGAUGAGCGUUUCGCCUCCUUAAAUCCCACCCCAAACUACGAUGACGGCGGGUUAUGGUGCGCCGGUGAGAAGCAGGACUACGCAGCGGAGGCGUGUGGCGUCUGUGGCGACGGAUUUUCCGUGGCGCGACCCCGACCCAACGAGAACGGGGGAACGUACGCGAAUGGCAUUAUUACCGGACGGUAUCGACGCGGUGAAGAAAUCCCGAUCGCAUUCGAACUAACGGCGCAACAUAAUGGCUACUUUUCCGUACAAAUUUGUGACGAUUUGACGCUCGAGUCGCACGAAUGCUUUCAGCGACGCGGCUUCCUUCCCCUGGCGGGAGGAACUACGACGAAAAUUGAUGUUACGAACAGGCAAGGUUUCGUGAAUACGACGGUCCAGUUACCGCCGGAUUUGAGUUGUCAGUACUGCGUGCUCAGAUUGUACUAUAGAUCAUGUAAGGAUUGGGGAGAGUGUGACGGUGUCUGUGAUUGUCCAAAUCCCCCUGGCGCCAUGUGUUGCGGACCGCAAGAAGUCGUGCUAAACUGUGCCGAUAUUUCGGUGUCGUUGUAAUGCAUUGUUUUGAAGGGGACUAGUAUGAUAAGAGGCUUGACCAUUAAAUCUCUUAUCAUAUCCAUCACUAAACUGUUAUCAUUAAAAUGUACUGGGUGAAAUGAAAUAAAAUAUUGCAAAACGAAAAAAA